AUGGAUGUUUAUUUUGAUAAGCUCCAGAAAAGUACAGAAUCCAAACCUCCAUCCCAGCCCCCGCCGUCUGAACCUGUGACAAGCUACAUAAGACGAGCUAGCAACCUGGUUGCACAACAAUCAGCAAAAUCUGAGUCCCAGUUUGGACAGGGUUCCAGUGGCACCAGGAAAGCCAGCAACUUAGUUGCACAACAAUCAGAACAUUUGUCUGAGUUGCGGAAAAUUGCCAACAAUUUCCAGGAAAUCAUGGAAGUUAGGGAGUUUUUUAACCUUGACCUGGACACCCUCUGUGUAAUAUUGUCUGCUGACAACAUCAAGGUCAAAUCGGAGUUUCAGAUCUUUCUGGUCGCAGCAUCAUGGAUCAACCACCAUGACUAUGAGGAAAGAGUGCGUCACAUCGAGAAGGACAUGGGGGCUCAGACAGCAGUCGGGCUAAAUCAAGACGACCCACUAGAGGUCCAUGUGAACAGGAGGGAUGGCCAACAAAUUGUCAGUGAGUACUUAGAAGCCAAAUCCAGCCAUAAUUUUGAAAAUGAAGUGGAAGUGGAAGUUCGGGGAAUGUCCCAGGAGAUGGUGGAGGAUUUCAAUUGUCAUGCGUACACAAGACCCAUACAGAACGUGCUGCCGGAAGAACGCCCAAAAAUUGUUCAGUAUCGAACUUCUAAAUGUGUAGCAAAAGAACAGAGGAAUGAAACGAGGAGUGGGAUCAAAAGAAAACUGCAAGAAUGUGAUUUAAAAAUCCUAUUUUACAAGGCAGCAUUUUACUUGAAGGCUGCCAAAUACAUGUACAGGAUGAACUUGCUGUUUUGGACGCUCAUUGCUGUGGUGGUAACUUCAGUAAUAUUUGCACAGACAGGAAAUGACAUCGUUGAUAAUGGUAUCUCCGCUGGCACCGAGUUGGCAAAAGCAAUCGGCGAUAAGGACUUUGCAUCCACCAUGGGGAAGCUGGCCACCAAAGUUGGUCCCUAUCUUGGUAUGGUUGGUCCUGCGAUUGGAAUCAUCGCCGCCAUAGCUGGUUUUCAACAGGAGUCCGCAGAACUGAAAUUCAUGCGUGAAAUGUUAUCAAGAAUUGAAAAUCGAGUCGACAAAGUCGAUCAAAAAUUAGAUGAAAUCGCUCGCAGAAUGGACUGGAACCGUGCCCAAGUCCAAUUUUUCACCUUUGAAAAGAAAAUAAAGGCUAUGAAACUGGAAUUGGAAAAGUUCUACAACGUCAGCAGUAAGGAUUUUACGACCUUUCGGGAUACUUUCACUACCAUUUAUGAAUGUGUUUACGAGAACAGUGCCCAAAUGUUAUACAGUCACAUUGUAUCCAGUGGUUCCACAUUUUCCAGCAAUGUACUAACGGAAGCAGUGAGGGCUAACCAAAACGACCGGCGCGAUAUGCAAGCAUUCAUGUUGGGGCUGACCAAACUUAUUCUUAUGGGAAGUCAGAUGGAAAUGGCGUACUAUAAAAUCAAAUUUCCCAACUCUCUCAAAGGCCACGAACAAAAAUGGACCAAUCAAAUCAAAGAAAUGGGAAAGGCCAUGAAAAAAGUUGAUAGUGAUCUUAAGAAAAACUACAAGGAUGUAGCCACCAACGACGCCAAAACGAUUCUGACAAAUAACAGAGGUGCUUCCAAAUCAGAUGUAGCCAAAAAAGUGUAUGAUAAACUUACAACGAAAUUCUACUGGCGCAAUUGGUUUGUAGCAGUCUAUAAUGACAUCUCGGGCGAUAAAAACCACUGGGUAUGAGUAUGUAAUGGUGCUCAUGUCUUUCGCCACAACGGCUUCAACUUAAUCUUUGCAAGCAAUCCCAAAAACACCAAACCUUUGAACACCUCCACGGCACGUAGUAUUCUGAAAAAUGCAUUUAAAAAAUUUCCGUUUCCAUUCCUUGGGGCUAAGGACAUUUACAAUAACAUUAAGUUUACUCGGAGCUGUGGCAAAUAUACUAGUGCUGGAGUCGUGAGAACAAACGCUAACUUCUCCCCGAAAUACGCCAGCAAUAGAUACGUGCAAGAAAGACUAGGUCUACACUACGCCUUUAUGUUCCAUUAACUUUUAUGGUAUACUGAAUGGGGU